GCAAAACGAUCCGUGUCGUCGACGGAAGCCAGGCGCUGCGUCUCGUCUUCCGACAGAUAUUCCUUUAAAGGCGCAUUUAAAGCCCUGGCUUCAGUCGUAGGAGCAGUGGACAGCCUGUGAAGCAGCCACAUUCUGCCGCAGAGCCAGAGCAGCGACUGUCCGACCUCCCGGAGGACACAAACACUGAGCCAACUGGCUGUCAACGACCCGGCGAGGAUCGACUGCACGGUUUUGCAUCCACAGCCAGAACCAAAGGAAUAACGUCUCGGGGACAUUUAUGAAGCUUUCGAUGCCUUUUGAUUAAUCAGCCAAUCGAUGGGGAUUUUUACAGGAGCUCCGCCCGCCAUCGCCACCCGCCCUCCUCCCUCCUCCAACUGCAGCCUGUCGCCCGCCCCCACCCACACCAUCAUCCAGCCCCCCAGACACAAAAUGACUCUGGAGCUCACCGAAUGGUCUUCUAUAUGGAUUUUUACUGCUUGUAAUAGACAGUAAAGAAAAUCAAAACCGCAAACCUCAAUGACAAAAAAGCCAUAAACACCCUAUGCACCCACACACACACAUCCACACACUCACAAGCACUCUCACACACAACACAUGCAAACACUGGCAUACCAACAAACCAAAUAAAUGUUCAAGCAGUAUCUCACACACCUCCCAAUCCAACACAAAGAAGGAAACGCACAAAGCCGCUCUUGGAAUGUACCACUCACUCUUCCAGUGAAAUACAACUGCUCACUUAUUUUUUGGGGGGAUUUUGUAUAAGCCACGGAAAGCUGAUUUGCAUUUUUUUUUAACUGGGUGGAAAACAAGAAGGAUUUAAUUUGAAGUUGCAGUAUUUUUUUAUUUUUUUUUAUUUUUUGGAGGACAACUUGUUUGGGGCAGAAGUCGUUGCGGAUUUCUUUUUGGCUUUCUCCUCUUUUAGAUCUGAGAAAACUCUUGAUAGAUUGAGAAAUUGUAGCCCAUUCUCCAGUUUUUUAACAUUUGUAGGCAUUUUAUUUUAACUAGAACAUUUUGUUGUUGAAUACUUACAGGUCAGUCUGUUGCAUCCACUGGUUGCAGUUUGUAGCUUGACAAAAUUUGAGUGAAUUGCUUUAAGAAACGUACUGUUAGUUUAAAAUAAGCUGCAACAAACUUGAUACAAUAAGUUUGUGUUUACCUUUAGGAGUUGCAAAAUAUUCACAGCUUUUCUGCGCUAGAAGGGGAGUUUUCUUGUUGCGUGCAUGCCCUCCACCAUGCCUCCGCAGAACACAGAGGCUGACACCAUGCAGGUCGCAUCUCUGGUUGGCGGGAUCGGCGCCAAGAAAUCCAGCGCAUCGGGCCCGGAGGAGGAAAACGCAGGAGCAGGCGGCGAGGCGGAUGGAUUGGGGGGCGAAGGAGGAGGCAAAGGAGGGGAGGAGUCGGCAAGCGAGGGGUCCGUUGAAGGUAUUCCCUUGAAGAGAUGGGUGAUGCACGGCGCAGUGAUGUUUGGCCGAGAGUUCUGCUACGCCAUGGAGACGGCACUGGUGACACCUGUGCUGCUGCAGAUAGGUCUUCCGGAGCAGUACUACAGUCUGACCUGGCUCCUCAGUCCGGUUCUGGGCCUCAUGUUCACGCCGCUGAUCGGCUCGGCCAGCGACCGCUGCACCCUGCGCUGGGGCAGGAGGAGGCCGUUCAUCCUGGCCCUCUGCAUAGGAGCCCUGAUUGGAGUGGCGCUGUUUCUGAACGGGUCGUUGAUAGGUCUGUUGCUUGGCGACAAGGAAGGCAGACAGCCAAUAGGCAUCGUUCUCACUGUGCUGGGCGUCGUAGUGCUGGACUUCUGUGCAGACGCCACAGAGGGACCAAUCAGGGCGUACUUGCUGGAUGUCGCGGAUACGGAGGAGCAAGACAUGGCGCUCAACAUCCACGCCGCUUCUGCUGGCCUCGGCGGUGCAGUCGGCUACGCUCUUGGAGGUUUGGACUGGACACACACGUUUCUCGGAGCGAUCUUUAAGUCCCAGGAGCAGAUCUUGUUCGUUUUCACUGCCUUCCUGUUCACCAUCUCAGUGGUUCUCCAUCUCUUAAGCAUUGAAGAACAGCAAUAUUCGCCACAAAGCGACCGGCUCGAUCAGGAGAGUCCAAAGUCCAACCACCUGCAGCCGUCAGCUAAUGGCAGGCCUGGACUUCUUGCUCCCAAGCUGGAAAUGAUCGGCAAGGAUGAUACGAUAGAAACCUACGACUUCUACGAUUACGAUGACGAUCAUUCAGAGCAAGGAGACAUGGACUUUCUGGAAGCAGAGCUCGUCAGAAGUAAAAGCGACAGCGUUCUCGCCAUGGCGGACGCCACCCUCGACCAUCUGGACCACGACGCUCUGUUCCUGUGCCACCUGGAGCCAUCCAUCUUUGCCGAGCGCCUCUCGCCUUACCACGGAACUCCCCCGAGGAUCCCGUCCUUCUUCAGCCCCGACCACAGCAGCUCCCGUCCGCGGCUCGCCAGCAUCAGGCGCAGCAGCAGCGCGGGCAGCGAAGACUUGCUUCGCCCCCACCACGCCAAUCAACACACACACACUCCCGCGCCCAGGAUCUCCCGCCUGUCGGCUUUCCUGCAGGAGAUGGAGAACGACGACGGGCAGGAGGCCCUUCUGAACAAUCAGCUGAAUGAGCAGCGGACUCUGAACGGGCGACUGUUGGCCAGCGUGACGAACGCAGACGCAGGGAGUUCAGACAGGCUGAGCUUUAAAGGACAAGCACACCGUGCUGGGAUGGUUAAAGCCGCCAGCACCGGAGCUCCCUUGCGACAGCCGCGCCGCAAUCACACCUUCUACCGCCAGCCGUCCUGCACCUUCUCAUACUACGGCCGCGUGGGCAGCCACCGUUACCGCUACCGCCGAGCCAACGCUGCCCUCCUCAUCAAGCCGUCUCGCAGCAUGAACGACCUGUACAUAGUGGAGGCCCGACACAGGAGGCAGAACAGAAGGCGGAGCAGACACCGCAGCGGGAAUACGAACUCCUCCAGCGGGGACACAGAGAGCGAGGAAGGCGAGGUUGAGACCACCGUACGUCUGCUGUGGCUCUCCAUGCUGAAGAUGCCUCCAGAGCUGCUGCGACUCUGCGUCUGUCACCUGCUCACCUGGUUCUCCAUCAUCGCUCAGGCAGUGUUCUUCACAGACUUUAUGGGACAAGUCAUCUACGAGGGAAAUCCUACUGCUCCUGCUAACUCAACCUCAUUAGAAAAUUACCACAGAGGGGUUCAGAUGGGAUGCUGGGGGCUGGUUAUUUACGCCAUGACUUCUGCUAUGUGCUCAGCUCUUCUUCAGAAGUACCUGGACAACUUUGACCUGAGCAUCAAGGUCAUCUACGUCAUGGGAACUCUUGGAUUCUCAAUAGGAACUGCUAUAAUGGCAAUCUUCCCUAAUGUGUAUGUUGCCAUGGUGAUGAUCAGCACCAUGGGCCUCAUCUGCAUGAGUAUCUCCUACUGCCCCUACGCGCUGCUGGGACAAUAUCACGAAAUGAAAGAGUACAUCCAGCACAGUCCUGGUAAUUCCCGCCGAGGGUUUGGGAUUGACUGCGCCAUCUUGUCCUGCCAGGCUUACAUCAGUCAGAUCCUGGUGGCCUCAGCUCUGGGCGCCGUAGUGGAAGCUGUGGACAGUGUGAUCGUCAUUCCCAUGGUGGCCUCCGGGGGCUCUCUUCUUGGGUUCUUCACCGCCUGCUUCUUGGUCAUUUACCCAACACCAAACAAUGGGGAGGCGGACUCCACCAAAUCUUCAGAGAAACAGGCCUUGACAACGGUGGAAAACCCAAGCAGCAACGAAGGCCCCGUUACCGUGGUGACGGAGAAACCUACCUUCCUGAAGCUCAACAAGGAGGGAAAGGCGGCCACCACCACCACUUCCUGUCACAUGGAGAACGAGUCUGCUCUGUGAUUGGCUUGCAAAAUAGAGUAAAUUGAAUCGUUGGAUGAGACUAAAAUGUCAGCUUGGUCCUUCUCUGGGUUUUCGCUUUUUGAGACACUAAAAAAUUCAACUUGCUGUGAUGGCCUGUGUCGCGUCACAUCAACUGGUCCGAGUUCUUCUUCAGCAGAAGUUGGAUCGACACGCAGGUGUAUCCGAGUCAUCCAGGAUGACGCUGUUUGUGUCUCUCAGGGGUUUCUGAGAGGAAACUUUAAUAAAAACUCUUUCUGGGGUCAGACGGACACCUUUACUCUGAACACUGCUGAUGAACAUUAGUCCUUAACGCUGCAAUCAUUACAAAAAAAAAAUUAAAAAUGCUGAAAAUUGUUCUUCCUCAGCCUGGAGUCAACUUGAUCGAACUUUCGCUGAAGCUGAUGGAUGUAUUUGUCUCCGGCGGAGGCACUGCGUUCACCAAAACAACAAAGCAAUCAGCCUUGCGGGACUUUUCCAGCGCUCUGCGACAGUAGCUUUAAGACUCUAAAGACUUUUGGAAGAGGUGUUUCUGAUCCUCCGAGCUCAAAGCCUGGUACCUGGGGAAUAUUUAUCACUCUCUCCCCUGAAGUUAUUUACAGAUGUUUUGCUUUUGCUCUCUUCCACAUUGCAGCAGUUUUUGUCUGUCUGUUUCUUGCAUGACAAAUAUGAUAUAUCAUAUGAUCUGCUCUGAGGAAAAACAAGUUUAUUUGAUAUAAUUCCUGAAAAGAAAAAGCAAGGUAUGCAGUUUACUGGGCAUUACAAUCCCAAAUAUUGUUCUACUGACAAGUCAGAAGGUUUUGAUUUAUCACAGCUAAGCUACAUGCUGCAGGUUUAUUAAGCAGAGACAAAACAAAAAACAUAUUUUUUUUAUUUUUUGCUGUAAGCAAAACAGCAAACUGGUUUGAGUCAGUUUUUAUAGUGGGCUGCAGGGUUCAGCAGGAAAAAAAAAAAGAGGUUUAUUUAAAAUCACUUUUUGCAGGUUUAGAAAGGAAGCAGCAGGACGGAGACCAGAGAAGUGCAAAAAUAAAUCUGUGUUAAAGGUUACGAUCAAGUUUUUUAUUGUUCAUUGUUAAUGGGCCAAAUUUAAAAAGUGGAAAGAGUCUUUGCUUUCCUCUUGUGGCACUUUGCUUUAAUGUCUGUUGGAGAGCUGGAGAGGAGAGGGUUGGCUGAAGAAAAAGGAUGUUUUUAUGGGUUUUUGGAGGUUAAACUUUUGACUCCCCAGUCCGGUUUUGGGCCGAGCAUGUUGGCAAUUGUAGUAGCAUUUGGAUGGAGAAUAAGCUUUUUGGUUAUUUGGAUUCAACUAAGAAUGGGUUCUUGUUUCUGUGGAGCGAUGCCCCACAUAAAUACACACUUGUUACCAAGCUGCUGGUAUGAAAAGCAGUAGAGUGCAGAUAAAGAAGUGAAACUAGCAAUAAAAAUAUUACUUCAGCCAGUUAAACCAGAUUAAUUUUCUUCUGUGUUUUCAGGCACAGUGUACACAAUAGACAACACCUUAUAAAAGUGAACAUUUUCCACAUUUUGUCUCUUUACAACCUUAAACAUCAAUGGGCUUAACUCUGGCUGGAGUGUUUUGUAGCCUGAAAUUGCCAACAAAAGUAUAAUUGGUAUAAAUACUUUUUCAAGGUUUUGUAAAUUCGGUGAGCAGAGAGGUAUUUGUGCUUAUUGGGAAAAGGAAAAGGAGAUAUGGGACAAUGACGGAUAACCUGAUGCGCUACUUAAGUUGAAUCUGUAAACACAAAGGCAAUACCAUAUUUUGAAUUAAAUGCAUGGACACUCAACUUCACCAGGGGUUCUGGAGAUUUGCAUGCUACAGCAGCAAUUUGCACGUGUAGAACACCAAAGUGUGACUCUGUACAAAUCGCUCCAACUCUUUUCCUUUGUUGUCCUUACUGGUCAGGGGCCUAGAUUUUUAACGCAUAGCUGGAUGUCAGUGUCUGUUGUUUUUUUAGUUUUGUUUUUUUUUUUACUUGAAAUGUGUGACAACAUGCACUUUUGAGAUGGGCAUGUGCUGCAGUCGGUCAGCACUCUAUAGAAGCAUGUAACCUUUUCGCUUCCAGUUUUGCACAAGCGCCAGACGGCGUUUGUCGUCAUUUUUCAAACAGCCGAGACGCUCAGACGUGGGAUUGUCCUUCGACAUGAAGCUCCUGUUUUCUUGUUUUGUUUUGAUGAGACGCUCUGGGCCGCAAAUACUUGAAGUGCAAGUUGAGUGUUUCUGCUCCCUUUAAAGCGAGAAAGUGUUAGAAAGGUGUUUGUGUUUUUUGCCUUUUAGAUGAAUGUUCAGACAGCACGGCCCCACCAGUGGCCUGCUGGGAGAUUGAGUUCUUAACCUUUGAUUCCAUCUUGUGACUGAAAUGAAUGUGAGCUGAUUUCAGCUGAAAUCGUUCUUGUUUCGGAUGUUCGACAAGUCAGGGUGAGCGUGCUGAUAUUGCAUAGAACUUGCACAUAAGUUUAAAAAAAACAGCAACACAAUGCAGUGGAGUUAUGUUGCAGAAGACAGAACUAACUGUGGAUAUUUAUUUUUUUAACUUUCGCUUCUCUAAAGCGACAUCUUCACUUAGUGUUGAGAAAACAAAAGUAAAUCUAUUUUAUUUGGUGUCAUGAGAGAUGCUAAAGGGGUAAACUGGAGUGUGUCUGUUGAAGACAGGCUUUACAAACCGUCAUCUGUGUUGGUUUUUGGUUCUUGUUCUGUUUUUUUUUUUUUUUUUUGCAAACGCCUGGUUUACACUUAACUCUGGAAACGUCCGCUGCAAUACUGAAAUACAGGUCUCUGUUUUGGUGUAAAAAAAAAAAAAAAAUGUUUGUACUUGUUCUCUCGUCUUUUGUUUUUUUGUUGUUGUUUUUUUUCGGGCCGAGCCACUCGCGAGUUUAGCUUCUGCACUUUUUCAGCGGCCACUAUGUUGGUUUUCCUGAUCGUUGCAUGAAUGUGGUGGAGACUCCGUGAAGCUGUUUCUGUUACUCCAGCGAGCAGCGAGUCGCUGCAACCUGUCGAAACUCAAGAGUGUGGCUGUACCUCGAGUGCUUUGUGUGGUUAACGAUGGUUAAAGGAGAAAGAUGCCUAUAUACUCUGAUUUUAAUAGAGAUUAAAUCAAGACGGAUAUUUAAAAAACGGGAAAGCAGUUAUAUGCUGUGUAAUUAAUAAAUAUAUACAUAUAUUAUGCCUUGUUCACUGGUAAGAUGUAAAUAUGUCUCUUUUUAGUUUCUUCUUUUUUGCUGCUAUAAAAAAGAUGAUUAUUUUUGUUAGUAGUUCUGUUUUCUAUAUAAAGCCUGUAUAUUUCUCUCUGAAUAAAUAUGCUUGAGCCUCCAUAAAGUAGGACUCUGAAUAAACACUGUAUGGAAAACACCUUUAAAAUCAACUGAGUAAACAAUCAA